GCACCGCCCGCUACAUCGACUCGUUUGAUUGGCUGAUAUGUCUACGCCCAUGUAAAUUACAUAUAUCCGCCACAACGUCAGUUUUCCCGUCCCAAUACUUGCUUCUAUUGUACUGCUGACUGUGAUAGAUAGUGCGGGAGAAAUGUCCCUUCGCGCAGCGGCUCGUGUCCUCGGUGCUCCCCUCAGGAGUGUAGCACAGCCCUGCGCUGCGACUGCGAGCAGAGCGUACUCGGCUGCGGCUCAAGCGGCGCUGUCGGUGCUGGACGGCGAGCUGGACGCGAUCCGGACUGCGGGCACAUGGAAAGGGGAGCGGGUGAUCACCUCCCAGCAGGGUCCGCAUAUCUCCGUGGACGGCAGCAGAGGCGACAUAUUGAAUUUCUGUGCAAAUAACUACCUGGGUUUAUCCAGUCAUCCGGAGGUGGUGAAGGCAGGAAUCGAUGCCCUGCAGAAGUAUGGCGCUGGCCUUAGUUCAGUUCGCUUCAUCUGUGGCACACAGAGCAUCCACAAGAACUUGGAAGAGAAACUAGCCCAGUUUCAUGAAAGAGAAGACUGCAUUCUAUAUGCGAGCUGCUUCGAUGCCAACGCUGGUCUGUUUGAGGUCCUGUUGGGUCCUGAUGAUGCAGUGUUGUCUGAUGAACUAAACCAUGCCUCUAUUAUCGAUGGGAUUCGAUUGUGCCGUGCCAAGAGGUUCCGCUACAAACACAUGGAUCUGAACGACCUGGAGGAAAAGCUGAAAGAAUCACAGUCCUCUCGUCUGAGGUUGGUGGUCACAGACGGCGUGUUCUCCAUGGAUGGUGAUGUGGCUCCUCUGCAGGGUAUCUGUGAUCUGGCUGAGCAGUACGGUGCCUUGGUCUUCAUUGAUGAAUGUCAUGCCACGGGAUUCUUGGGUCCCCGUGGUCGAGGAACCGAUGAGCUGCUGGGAGUGAUGAACAGGGUGCACAUUGUGAAUUCCACUCUGGGAAAAGCACUGGGAGGAGCUGCUGGUGGUUACACUGUCGGACCCAAGGCUUUGAUUGAGCUUCUGAGACAGCGGUCUCGUCCAUACCUCUUCUCAAACUCCCUCCCUCCUCCUGUGGUGGGAUGUGCCACCCGUGCUGUGGAACUGCUGCUGGCAUCCAAUGAAAUCGCUCAGUCCAUGGCAGCUAAAACCAUGAGGUUCAGAAACAAUAUGACCCAGGCAGGGUUCACCAUUUCUGGCACAGCUCAUCCCAUCUGUCCUGUGAUGCUGGGAGAUGCUCGUCUGGCUUCACUUAUGGCUGACGACAUGCUAAAACUUGGAGUGUAUGUGAUCGGUUUCUCCUUCCCAGUCGUUCCCAAAGGAAAAGCCCGCAUUCGAGUCCAGAUCUCUGCAGCUCACACUGACGAGGACAUUGAUCGUGCCGUAGAUGCCUUCAUACAGACCGGCAGGAAGCAUGGUGUCAUUUCCUAAUGUCAGAAACACAACUGACAAAGUUGUGGUCUAUUAGAGUGAGGUUUAAGUUACAUAUCAUAGCAAAAAAUGCUACUGCGAUCAGUGAAGGUCAAAGGAUAUUUGUAUAUUUUCGGUAUUGACAGAAUAAAUGACUUUCUCUAUGAUUAAUAGUUGCUUUUUUACAGCAGUAUUCUACACCAGCUAUAUACCAAAUGUGUCUUGACUUUUUUCAGCUAAGACAUGUCGCAUUAGCAUUAUUAGCAAGUUUGUACAGAUCAUGCUCAUGCUGCAGCUGUCGAUAGGUGGGUAAAAAUAAAAAGGUUAUGCCAUUUAA